AUGGCUAGACCCAAGCAGACUGCCCGUAAGUCUACCGGUGGCAAGGCCCCCAGGAAGCAGCUCGUCACUAAGGUUGCGCGUAAGAGCGCGCCUGCAAUAGACGGUGUGAAGAAGCCUCACCGCUACAGGCCCGGCACAGUGGCUUUGAGAGAAAUCUGCCGUUACCAGAAGUCCACCGAGCUUCUGAUUCACAAACUCCCUUUCCAGUGGCUGAGCUCUGCCGUCAUGGCUCUGCAGGAAGCCAGUGAGGCCUAUCUGGUUGGCCUGUUUGAGGACACCAACCUGUGCGCCAUCCACGCCAAGAGGGUGACCAUCAUGCCCAAGGACAUUCUGCUGGCCCGCUGCAUCCGAGGAGAGCGCGCAUAA